CCAUAAAAUCUACGAUUUCUACGAUUUUGUACGAUUUCAAGGUUCGUAUCAAUUGGAUCAAAAUUAGGCCGGUCAAGUUGGGUUAUGCCCAUGAACCGAGUCAAAUUUACUUUCCCCAACCCAACAUAAUGAACAACACAACCCCAACCUGAUAGUUAACCCUCAAUUUAUUUUCAUUCUCUUCCUCGUAUCUUCCUCUUUCGCACGUUGGCGCCCAACUCCUUCCAUCAACGAUAUCUUCCACCCUCCCAAUUAGCUUGUAGUUUGUUCCCACCACCCUCACAAUAAUCCAAAUCUCCAUUACAUUGCAAGCUUUUGUUCAUCUCCCAAUCCUUCAGCACCACUAACCCUACCUUUUAUCAAUUAAGAAGGGAAUGCAUCAAUCAAUGAGUUAUGUUUUCCAGAUGAUGGUAAUCAAGGAAAUAUGGUUAAUGGUGAAAGUACUUCAAGUGAUCAUAAGAGUAAUGAUAUUAGUCCUUAAACAAAUAAAAACGAUGAGAGUGAGGGUGAGGUUGAGGAUGAUGACGAUGACGAUGAUGUGUAAGUGAUGUUAAUGUUGAUCCUAACGAUCUUAUGUGAUUUUCUACUCUUAACAAUUAAUUAACAGUGAUAUCUAUAAUGUUUCAGGUUUCUUAUUUGUGUGUUUCUAUUAUGUACAAGAAAAAUAUAUGGAUUAGUUGUGUUUGUUUAGCAAACAAACUUAUCUUGGGAAGUAAUUAUGCUUUAUGUGGUUGAUUGUUAUUCAAGAUAUGCAUUAUUAUUACUAUCUAGUGUUUUAAGUAUUUAUUUUAAUAUGAACCUUAAAAUCUUACGAUUUUACGAUUUUAAUCUACGAUUUCGAUUCUACCUCAGUUUUCGAUUUUACUUAAAAUCUAGAUUUUGACUGCAUUGCAUGUAAUUAGAUAUCUAUGGUAAAACGCUAAUUUGGUGUUUUGUUUGAAAGAAAAUUCUAUUUUUCAAGUUGACAGGACAACAACAGGAACCAAGAUAUAGCUAACAAUUCUCGGAACAUAUGUUAAAUCCUCAUGGGCAAGGGAAGAACCGGAAAAGAAAAGAAAAAAACCCUCUCACAAAUACUCUUCUAAGUUCUUCAGAAAACUAACAAAAACCUUGAUGCACUCUAGACUAAGAUGUAUCUCUACUGAGUAGAUCGGAUCACGGCAUGGUGAUAUUGUGCUUGUCGAGAGAUGCAAUCUCAUCUCCAUCGAAUCUCGGCUCAGUAUUCCCAACAACACCGAGGCUCCUCAAUAGUUCUUCCCAUUUCUUUGCUAGCCCCUGCAUCCCAUCUUUCAUGUCACCUUCCCUCGACAUAUUACAACGAGUAUUCAGUAAAAUCAGUUGGAUGUUUAAUGCACUACCUUCAACGAGAGAUCUUGAGCCAUGCAGUUCUGGAUCAUUUCAGACAGUGCAGGAGUACCAUAGGUUGCAACUGCCUUCUCGACUCCUCUAGCCACCGCCGCUCACAUCCACUGGAUCAACUUCAUCGCACUGCAGCAACAUUUUCGUACAUUCCCUAUGUUUGGCCCGACAUUUAGAAGUGUUUUUCGGCUUUAAAAGCUGAAGUAGGGCCAAACACCUGUAAAAGUUUGGCUUUUGAAAAACCGAAAAGCGCUUUUGUAUAACAAAAAAGCAAAAGCUCCGAUGUGGAGCUUUUGCGAAAAGCUGUUUUGAAAAUACAAGAUUAUCCUUAAUAUAUUUUAAUUUUAUUUCAGAAAAUAUAAUUUUGCUUCAUUUAUAUCAUUUUAAAAAUAAUAUAAAUUAUAAAAUCAUGUUAUUUAAUAUAAAAUAAAUCUAACAAGAUCCAUUUUGACUACUUUUUAUUGUUUAGAAUUUUUAUUUAUAUUUUAUUAUUUUGGGAGUGACAUAUGAAAUGGAACGGGUCGUCCUGGUAAUCCACCCAACCCGAUCCAGAAACUCACAAGUUAAUCAAAUUAAGGUCAUUGAAGCUAUGAAAAUUCUAUUUUUCGGAUGGGUUGGGGUCGGAUCAUAAUUUGCUAGGCAUAUACAUCGACGUCGCUAUUUAGUACUUAACCGUUAAUUUUUAUCAGCGAGAUGAACGAAGGCGAAAUGUGCGGAGAAGUGGGAACGAAGGCUCCGCCGCCGUAACCGCUCCGCCGGCCCGACUAUAGUGUUGUUUACUGCUUCUACUGAUCGGCGGAGCAAAACCGCCCCCAAAGCGAGUCCGCGAGUCCAAAGUCCAAACAGUUUCCUCUCCGAGUCUUCUUUCUCUCUCUGUCAUCAUUCCUUUCCUUAAAUUACUGUUUCCCUUCCCAUUCCGCGCUGACCAUCUUUCUUCUCCCAUCGCCAUUCCAAUUUUGAAACAGAUCUCUCUCUCGUCUCUUCUGCCGCCUACCUCAACUGCAUCAAUGGAUCUCUCAAUUGCGUUGCCAUUCCCCUCCAUUACCACCAAACCCUUUCCUUCCCAUCUUCUUCUUUCCCGCCCUCUCUUCCCCAGCUCUUCGCCCGGAAGAUCCUUGCUCUCUACUCGAAACCCCUCUUCUUCCCGCCACAAUCACCGCACUCCUCGACAACGACUCCGCCGCCGUGUUUCCGCAGCCGUCGACGACGACGAUGGCGGCUUCGUCCUCGAAGAUGUCCCUCACCUGUCCGAUUUCCUCCCCAAUCUCCCCGUAUUGAUUCUCCUCCCUCUUCUCUUCUCGUCCUCCUAAUCGUAUAGUUGGUUCAAGAUAGUGAUCUCUGGUUCCCCCUUUCCUUGCUUCUUCAGCUGUAUCCCAAUCCCUUGGAGAAGAGCCAAGUUUAUGCCAUUGUCAAGUAUGUAGUCUCUCUACUUUGCCUUCCUCAUUUUCACAACCUGAGCUUCUUUGUUUGUGAUCAAUGUUUACUUCCCUUAGGCAAACCUUCGUCGGCCAGGAAGAUGCGGUGGCGCAGCAGGUAUGCUAUCUUGUACAUUUCAUUCCCGCGUCUCCGCCUAAAAUGUGUUAGUUACCGUCUUUUUGGUGCUCCCAGGUCGUUGUUCAUAAAGGCAGCCCCCGAGGAGUACACUUCCGGCGAGCCGGCCCUCGAGAAAAGGUGUUUAUCCUACUCUAGCCUUAUCUUUUCCCACCCCCCCCCCCCCCCCCCCCCCCCCCCCGGCGACGAUGAAUGAACAAGAAAUCAAGAG